GUGGUUCAGUUCAGUUCAGUGCGUCGGGUUAGGGGCUGUCGACGGUCCCAGCGCGGCCCGGUUUGAAAACGGUUUUUCCUCCUUCGAGCACGACCACGGUGGCCAGUCGAAGCGUUGCGCUCAAGACGUACGGUACGCGCACCACACGGUACUACUUCUCUCGGUUCUUCUUGGCGCGUCCCGGACACUUUUAUGCUGGAUCGUUCCAUUCUACGUGUGUGUGUGUGAGUGUGUGUUCUUAAGGAUCUGUUUAAACGGACGGCGGGGUGAUCUUUGAUUGUAACAGCGGCAAGUGCGUGUGAGGCUAAGUUUCGGUGCGCAAUUGCGCGAAGCCUUGUUUAGCGCGGAUUAUCGGAUGCAUUUCCCGUGUGUAUGUGUGUUUUUGUGUGAUUCGUUUGUGUGUGAAUAGUGGAUUUACAGUGAUCAGACAGUGCCAGUGACAGUGCACAGUGACAGUGCUCCUCUUAGUGCGUUGCCUGCGUGCAUAUUCCUCUGUACGGGGUGUAGUGUCAGGCGAUCGUUUGCUACAAUCACGCCAAGUGCUAAGGCAGCAUCUCUUCUCAGGGAUCGUGCGAAGAAGCAUCCUGAGAAAAGCGUCAUAUCACGAGCAAACACGCCUUCCCCCGGUAGAGCCCGGUUCCCCAUGCACUAGAACCGGGAAAGCAUCAACGUAACAAUCCGUUUUAUGGAAUCGUUCAAUUCAACCGGAUAGACAGCUCAUAAUCAAGAUGAGAUAUACUAAAUUGUUAGUGUUACUAGUGACCUUACAGCUGAGCUUUACCGAAUCCAGACGGUUCGGCGCGCGGCAUAAACGGCAGCAUGGCAGCAAUCUGUACCAGCCGGAAAGUUUCAUCAUACCGGGCGGCGGCGAAGGACCACCGCACGAGCGGUGGAGCGCCUGGGGAGCACCGUCCGAGUGUUCGCGAACGUGCGGCGGCGGCGUUGCGUACCAGGAGCGCGAAUGUCUUGAUCUGGACCACACCGGUGCGCCCGUCUGUACCGGUGGAAAGAGGAAAUACUUCUCCUGCAACACACAGGACUGUCCCGAGCGUGAGCUGGACUUCCGCAAGCAGCAGUGUUCGGAGUUUAACGACGUCCCGUUUGAGGGACACCGGUACCAGUGGGUACCGUACACCCGGGCGCCGAACCCCUGCGAGCUGAACUGUAUGCCGGUGGGCGAGCGGUUCUACUACCGGCACCGGGCGAAGGUGGCGGACGGAACGCGCUGCAAUGAUGAAUCGUUCGACGUGUGCGUGGACGGCACCUGUCAGCCGGUCGGCUGCGACAUGAUGCUGGGCUCGCAGGCCAAGGAGGACAAGUGUCGCAUCUGUCGCGGCGACGGCAGCAGCUGCAAGACGGCGUCCGGGCUGCUCGAUGCCAGCAACCUGCAGGUCGGGUACAACGAUCUGCUGCUCAUCCCGGCCGGUGCCACGAACGUGCUGAUCAGCGAGCGGGCCCCCUCGAACAACUAUCUGGCGAUUCGGAAUCUGACCGGCUUCUACCAUCUCAAUGGUAACUAUCGGAUCGACUUUCCGCGCACCAUCCACUUUGCGGGCAGCGAUUGGCACUACGAGCGGCGUCCGCAGGGCUUUGCCGCGCCGGACCGGCUGACGUGCCUCGGGCCGACGACGGAAUCGGUGUACUUGGUGCUGCUGUCGCAGGAUCGCAAUGUGGGCGUGAACUACGAGUACAGCGUGUCGUCGAAGUCGGCCCCGGUGGACGAACCGGACAGCUACUCGUGGAUGUACACCGCGUUCGAGCCGUGCACGGUGACGUGCGGCGGUGGGGUGCAGACGCGCAACGUGACGUGCAACAGCAAGAGCUCGCUGAAGGAGGUGGACGAAGGGCUGUGCAAUCUGGGCGAGAAGCCACCGACGACGCAAAAGUGUGGCCAGCAGUCCUGUCCGCCCCGCUGGUUCGAGGGGCCGUGGAGCAACUGCUCGAAACCGUGCGGCACCGAGGGCAAGCAGACGCGCGAAGUGUACUGCGAGCGUGUGUCGGCUGAUGGUGAAACGAAAAAGAUCGAAGAUGACGUUUGCCUCGAGCAGGUCGGCAAUAAGCCGGCGACGGAGCGGGAAUGCAAUCAGGGCAUUAUCUGUCCCGAGUGGUACGUCGGACGCUGGUCACCGUGCAACAAACUGUGCGGCGAGGGCGAGCGAACGCGCAAGGUCGUCUGCUAUCGGAAGGAAAAUGGACGCAUCACGGUGCUGGAGGACGAGGAGUGCAUCACGGAAAAGCCGGCCGUCAGCGAACAGUGUAUGCUGCGCCCGUGCGAGGGUGUCGAUUACGUCACGUCGUCCUGGAGCGGAUGCGACGAGUGUGGUGCAACGGUGGAAACGCGUACGGUGCACUGUGCGUCCAAGUCGGGCACCGUGUACGACGCAUCGUUCUGCGCCGAUCGGCAGCUGCCGGAGCUGCGCCGGGAGUGCAAGCUGACGCCGUGCGAGUACCAGUGGUACACAUCGCAGUGGAGCAAGUGUUCGGCGGUGUGCGGCAAGGGCGUACAGACACGCACCGUGGUGUGCGGUGUGUUCGACGGACAGUCGCUGAAGCGGGCGGACGAUGACUACAAGUGCGACCCAGAGCAGAAGCCGGAGAAGGAGCAGGAGUGCGAGGGACCGCCGGAGUGCCCGGGCCAGUGGUUCGCCGGCCCGUGGACGGACUGUGACAAGGGCUGCGGUGGCGGUGUGAUGUCGCGCAAGGUGCUCUGCCUCGCCAACGGUACGGUCGUGCCGGAGACGAACUGUGACGUGGACAAGAUUCAGCUGGCCACGGAGAGCUGCAACAAGCACGACUGCACCGAGGACGAGGUGAUCCCGGUGGAGGUGGGCAGCAAGCAGCCGGAGGUGGAAGACGACUACGACGAGGACGAGCUGUGCGAGGAGGAGGAUGAUGAGGAGGAUGCGAGCGGCGAUGCGAGUGGCGACGGUGAGGAGGAUGGAUCGGGUGCUGCGAGCACGGAGGGCCAGGACGGUGUUAUGAUGGUGACGGAGGAUACGUCGCUGGCCGAGGGCAUCGAGCUGGACAGCAGCGUUAGCGGCACGACCGAAUCAUCGCUCGAAACGGACGAAAUGAUGAUGAGCGAUGCGACGGGCUUCGACACUGGGGCGACCGAUCCGGACGAGGGCUCCACGACGGAGGCGACGGUGGAAGGUUCUGGCGACGGAAGCAGCCCAAUGUCCGAGGUGUCGGAAGGUUCGGGUGAUGAGGGUGAGGCAACGACGGUAGUGGCCGCGUCCCGUGCGUCGGAUGAUGCAUCGUCUGAUGCGGUCGGUAGCACGACGGAAGCGUCCGCCUCAUCCGGCAGCUCGAUGGCAUCGGAAUCGAGUGGAUCGACGGAGGCAAGCGCAGAAAGCUCGACCGAAUCCUCGGACAUGGCUUCGACCAGUCAGGCUUCCUCGGUGGAGGACUCGAUCUCAACCACCACGGACAGUAGCGUGUCGACCACGGAUGCUUCGGAUUCGACCACCGAUGUGACAGAAACGUCCACCAUCUCGACUGAUGAGGAAAGCACCACCGAUCUUAGUAGCACCACGACGAUGACGGACCUGACCAGUACGAUGGACGAUACGUCCACCACCGAUGUGCCUUCGACGACGGAUAGUAGUGAGGCAGCGAGCAGUACGGUCGCUUCGGCAACGAGCAGCAGCAGCAGUGACGGUAGCACCACCGAAGUGUCGUCCGACGAAAGUUCGACCGAUUCCAGCACGAAGAUGGUGGAAGGAUCCGAGUCUACGGAAACGUCGGUGAUGCCAUCUUCUACUGAACCCUCAGUGACGGGCACUUCCGUGGACAGUUCGAGUGAAUCGGGAGCGACGGAAGAAUCAGCAACGGGCGCAUCGACCGAUGGUAGCUCCACGACGACGGUGGACUCGACUGAGCCGACCGUAACCGGCGCCUCGACGGAGGACUUCACCGGUUCAACCGUAACGGAGGAAACGGUGGACGAGACCACGUUCGAAAUCUGGGACUCCUCGACCGACGCCUCCACGACCGACGACGCGGACGACAGCGAGAGCAGCACGCCGUACACGCUCACCUCGAUCAUUGCGAAGGAGCAGAAGCCGCGCAAAUGCAAACCCCGUCCGAAGGUGCCCCAGUGCGCCAAGUCCACGCAUGGAUGCUGCCCGGACGGCAAGACGAAAGCGUCCGGACCGUUCCUGGAGGGCUGCACGCUGGCGGAAACGUGCAAGGAGACGAAGCACGGCUGCUGCCCGGACGGUGUGUCGCCGGCCAAGGGACCGAACGGCAAGGGCUGCCCGAAGGCGGAGUGUGCCGACACGCUGUUCGGCUGCUGCCCGGAUAAGGUUACGCCGGCGGAGGGCAACGAUGCGGAGGGCUGCCCGGUUGAGACGACGACCAUGCCGCCCGGCUGUACCGCGGCCAAGCACGGCUGCUGUCCAGACGGAACCACCGAAGCGAAGGGCCCGAAAGCGAAGGGCUGCCCCGGGGUGGAGAAGGAAGAGGAAGAAGCACCGGCCGGCACCGAGCAACCGACGCCGGAAGAACUGCCGGCAGCGGUGGAGGGCUGUGCCACCACGCCGCACGGAUGCUGCCCGGACAAUGCGACGGCUGCCAGUGGGCCCGACGGGCAGGGUUGCGAACCCUGCAGCCGGGAACCGUUCGGUUGCUGUCCUGAUGGAAAAACGCCGGCGCACGGUCACAGCGGGGAAGGCUGCUGCCUGCAGACGCCGUACGGCUGCUGCCCGGACAAUGUGGUGGCGGCGCGUGGCCCCAACCUGGAGGGAUGCGACUGCCAGUACGCACCGUACGGCUGCUGCCCGGACAACAGGACGUCGGCGCGCGGUCACGACAACGAGGGCUGCGGGUGUCAGUACGCGCGGCACGGCUGCUGCCCGGACAAGGAGACGGAAGCGACGGGCCCGUCGUUCGAGGGAUGCCCGUGCCAUGCGCACCAGUUCGGUUGCUGUCCGGACGGCGUUACGGCGGCGAAGGGCCCGCACAACCAGGGCUGCCACUGUACGCACAGCGAGUUCAAGUGCUGCGGGGACGGCAAAACGCCCGCCAAGGGUCCGGACGGGGAGGGCUGCACCUGUGCCGACAGCAAGUACGGCUGCUGCCCGGACGGGGUCAGCGAGGCGCAGGGCAGCAAGUUCGAGGGCUGCACCGCCGUGCCGGAGUCGCCGCAGAAGGCGUGCGCGCUGCCGAAGGACAAGGGCCCGUGCCACAACUACACCGUCAAGCACUUCUUCGACGUGGAGUACGGCGGCUGCGGACGGUUCUGGUACGGUGGCUGCGAGGGCAACAACAACCGGUUCGACUCGGCCGAGGAGUGCAAGAACAUCUGCGAGACGCCGACCGGCAAGGAUGUGUGCCAUCUGCCCAAGAUUAGCGGCCCGUGCACCGGCCACUACAACAUGUGGUACUACGACGCGGAGCGCAACAUGUGCGCACAGUUCACGUACGGCGGCUGUCUCGGCAAUGCCAACCGGUUCGAGAGCCAGGAAGAGUGCAAGGCGCUGUGCAGCGUGGACGACUCGAAGCCACCGUGCGAACAACCGAUGGAAGCGGGUCCGUGCAAUGGAACGUUCGAGCGCUGGUACUACGACAAGGAGACGGACGCGUGCCAUCCCUUCUACUUCGGCGGGUGCAAGGGCAACAAGAACAACUACCCGACGGAAGCGUCCUGCGGCUACCACUGCAAGAAACCGGGCGUACACAAGCCAAGCUGUAGCGAACCGCUGGACACGGGCAGCUGCGAAGCGCAGCAGCAGCAGCAACAGCAGCAGCAGGCCCGCUGGUACUUUGCCAGCGACAGUCAGAAAUGCAUGCCCUUCUACUUUACCGGUUGCGGUGGCAACGACAACCAGUUCGUUUCGCGCGAUCAUUGCGAAGAGCAGUGCCCACCGAAGGUUGAGAAAGACAUCUGCUUCCUGCCGGCGGAGAUUGGCGAGUGCCAGAACUACACCGCCCACUGGUACUUUGACACGAAGGACGAACGGUGCCGCCAGUUCUACUACGGCGGGUGCGGCGGCAACGGCAACAACUUUGCCGACGAGCAGUCCUGCAUCAACCGGUGCAUCGAGGAGGGUCCGAAACCGGCACCGGCUCCACCAGGGGCAGCCCCCGUGGAACCGGUUCGCCCGGCAGCCCCCGGCGAACCGUUCGACCGUAGCCAGUGCCAGCUGCCGAUGGACAAUGGGGAUCGCGAGUGUAGCCCGUACGAGGCGCGCUACUACUUCAGCACCCAGACCGGCGCGUGCGAGCUGUUCACGUACACGGGCUGCGGCGGCAACGGGAACAACUUCCAGCGCAAGGAAGAGUGCGAACGAUCGUGCGGCAGCGAAGGGCAAGGGGAACAGGACGUGUGUCAACUGCCGCACGCGUACGGCGAGUGCAGCGGGAACGAGGAGCGCUGGUUCUACGAACCGCACGAGCAGCGGUGCGUCCGCUUCGCUUACAGUGGUUGCGGCGGCAACGGGAACAACUUCGCGAGUGAGUCGGAAUGUGAGCGCAGCUGCCCGGCUGGAGGACGCGCACCGGUCGAUGUCGAUGUGCGGGGACCGCAUGAGCAGCAGCCGGCGGCCGGUAAUGGCAGCCGGUGCGAGGAGGUGCCCGACUAUGGCGAUGGCGAUGGGGACGAGAUCCUGUUUUACUACAACGCGGAGCGGCAGUCGUGCGAGCGGUUCCGGUACAGUGGCGCCGGAGGCAACGCGAACCGCUACAGGUCGGAGGAGGAGUGUGAACGGGUGUGUGGCAUGUACCGCGGUGUAGACGUUUGCCAGGAUGCGGUCCAAGCAGGCCAAUGCGCGGAAAGCAUUCCAAUGUACUACUACGACUCGCGGACACACGCCUGCUACGCCUUCAACUACAGUGGUUGCGAGGGCAAUGGGAAUCGUUUCGCGAGCGCCGAAGAAUGCGAAGGAACGUGCGUGCAUCAGCGGCCCGGCUUCGACGAUGCUGAGAAGCUGCACAUCUGUAGCCUUCCGGUUCGGAAGGGUGACAGAUGCGGGACCCGGUCCCGGAAGCUACGCUGGUACUACGAUCCCGAGCGCGAGACCUGUUUCGCCUUCCGCUACCGUGGCUGCGGCGGCAAUGCGAACAAUUUCCCCUCGUACAGCAACUGUCGCACGUACUGUACCAUCGAAUCAAAUGCGGUGAAUCCGUGCGAACAGUACGACCACGAGUGCAGCCAGCUGCACUGCCCGUACGGCAUUGCCAAGUCGUACGAUCCUGCCAACGGGUGCGAACGCUGCCAGUGUAACGAUCCGUGCGCCGGCUACUUCUGCCCGGCGGGCAGCGAGUGCGUGGUGGACGUGCAGAGUGGCGGUGCGUUCGUGGGCACCGGGUCCGAGUUUGUCGGCGUGUGCCGCGAGUCCCAGAAGCCGGGCGACUGUCCGGUGCUGGCGAACGCUACCCACUGCAGCCGCGACUGCAACACGGACGCUGACUGUCGCGGCAACAACAAGUGCUGCCAGGCGGGCUGUGCGCUGAUCUGCAUCAGCCCCGUCGAUCGCGCGUCGGUAGACCGUCCGACGGGCGGGCAGCCGGGCGUCCCCGGACCGACCGUGCUGGAGGAGGUGCCGCAGGAGGAGCUGGACAUCAAGUCGGAGGAAGGGGGCAUUGCACUGCUGCGCUGCUUCGCGACCGGAUUCCCGCCGCCUUCGAUCCGCUGGCGCAAGGGCGAGAUAAUGCUCAACACCAACCAGGGCCGGUACGUGAUAACGUCGGACGGGGACCUGCAGAUCGUGCAGCUGCAUCGCACCGACUCCGGCACGUACGUUUGCAUUGCGGACAAUGGCAUCGGUGAGCCGGCGCUUCGGGAAGUUCAACUGACGGUGAACGACCCGGUGCCGCGGGACGCUUACAUCGCCGGCAACCUGAACGAUUCGCUGGUGGUGGAGCUGGAGAGCCCGGCCACGUUGCGCUGCCCGGCCGGUGGCUACCCGAAACCGAUCGUCACCUGGUGGCGCGACACGUUCAUGAUGCCGCUGAAGAUGGUGAACCGCGACUAUUCGCUGUCGCUGCCGCGCGUCCGCCUGGAGGAUCUCGGGCCGUACGUCUGCCAGGCGUACUCCGGUGCCGGCAAGGGCAUCUCGCGCACGGUCACCGUGUACGGCUACAACCUGCCGGCCCAGAUUAACCCGCAGGACGAGCGGUACAUGAAGUACGUGGUGGCGGCACCGGCACCAGCGCGUCCAGCCCCACCGGUCGAUCGCUACCCGUCGCGGCCCCGGCCACCAGUCGCUCAGCCACCGCCAGUGGUCGUUCGACCGCCAGCACCGGUGAGCGUGCAAAUGCACUUCCCGCAGGGACGGGACCUGCGACCGAACAGCAACUUCACGAUCAACUGCACCGUGGACGGAUACCCGCGACCGACGGUGAACUGGUUCAAGGAUGGCCAGAUGUUGGUGCCGACCGAUCGCAUACACAUCACCGACGCGCACCAGCUGAUGGUGUUCGGUGCGAUACCGUCCGACACUGGGCGGUACAAGUGUCUGGCGCGAAACGAAAUGUCGGAAGCAUUCCAGGAGAACAGCAUACACGUUGAAGGUGUAUACGUGCCGCCGGGAUGUACCGACAAUCAGCUCCUAGCCAAGUGUGACCUGAUCGUGGCGGGACACUACUGCAACCACAAGUACUACGCGCGGUUCUGCUGCCGAUCGUGCACGCUGGCGGGACAGAUCAAUGUAAACAACCGUUACCGUUGAACAAACUACAACACACACUCGUGCCAUAGCAAAAGAAGGGGAAGGUUACAGCGAGAGAGAAAGAGAGAGAGAGAUAGCGUGAAAAUAGCUUUUACCAUCGAUUGCAAAUCAGAAUUUCGCCCGUAAGACCAGCACAAAAUUUCACACUAGCCACGAAUCCAACACCAGCCAGCCAUCCGUUCCGUU